UUUGUGCGCUGCCCAUUUAGUCCGAGCUCCGAACAGUUUCUGAUUAUUAUUGUGUUUGAAACCGACGGGGAAGUGCCUGAUCCACCGAAACCCGCUCCCAAGAAGGGCGCCAAGAAAGCUCUGUCCAAACCGGCGAGCAAGUCUGGCAAGAAGCGCAAGAGGUCGAGGAAGGAGAGUUACAAAGUGAUGAAGCAGGUUCACCCCGACACCGGCAUCUCCUCCAAGGCCAUGAGCAUCAUGAAUUCAUUCGUGAACGAUAUCUUCGAGCGCAUCGCGGGUGAGGCUUACCGCCUGGCCGACUACAACAAGCGGUCCACCAUCAGCUCCCGGGAGAUCCAGACCGCCGUGCGCCUGCUGCUGCCCGGGGACCUGGCUAAGCACGCCGUGUCCGAAGGAACAAUGGCGGUGACCAAGUACACCAGCUCCAACUGAAGACAAGUUUACUGACAAAACAAACGGGAAAAUCAAAGGAUCAUUUAAGAGCCACUCACGCUUUUAUUAAAAGAGUUACAAAAUAUUGAGCCAUGGACUUGAGACAGCUGCACCAUAGACCCUGAAAGUGACAUCAGGAAUAUCUUCUCCGCAAGUUACAGUGAGCAUCUGGGUUAAAUCUGAUCAACAGCACAAGGUCAGAAACUUAGUGUCACUACCAAAAGUUCCAGCCAAUAGAAGUUCAA